AUGAAGGAUUGCAAAUCGUUCAUUCAAGAUCGUGCAAUUCAGAAUUUCGGAAAGGUACAUCCAGACUUUGGCAACAAACUUCGAAAGAAGAUCGACACCUACAAAGCCAGCAGGGAAGCUCGUCCGCACAUCUAA